GAGAUGAGAAAAGAUGAGAGCGAAAAGAAAACCUCGCCUCACCCCAAGUUCCCGAGCUUGGGGCUGAGGACUUUUCGGAGGAAAGGGUCCGCCUAGCCCUGAGUCAAGCGGUCUUACUGUACCGCCGUGUGCAUUCCCUCAUACGAUCGAGCCUGCGUGCUGCCGAAGCAGGGCGCCGAGUCCAUGCGAACUGCCAUCUGAUCCGCUCUUAUCAAUGAAGCAGCCGAUCAUGGCGGAUGGCCCCCGGUGCAAGAGGCGCAAACAAGCCAAUCCCAGGAGGAAAAACGUGGUGAACUAUGACAAUGUAGUGGACACAGGUUCUGAAACAGAUGAGGAGGACAAGCUUCAUAUUGCUGAGGAUGAUGGUAUUGCCAACCCUCUGGACCAGGAGACAAGUCCACCUAGCGUGCCCAACCAUGAGUCCUCCCCACACGUGAGCCAAGCUCUGUUGCCAAGAGAGGAAGAGGAAGAUGAAAUAAGGGAGGGUGGAGUGGAACACCCCUGGCACAACGAGAUUCUCCAAGCUCCUGUAGAUGGUCCAGAAGAAAUGAAGGAAGACUAUGACACUAUGGGGCCAGAAGCCACGAUCCAGACCACAAUUAACAAUGGUACAGUGAAGAAUGCAAAUUGCACAUCAGACUUUGAGGAAUACUUUGCCAAAAGAAAACUGGAGGAACGCGAUGGUCAUGCAGUCAGCAUCGAGGAGUACCUUCAGCGCAGUGACACAGCCAUUAUUUACCCAGAAGCCCCUGAGGAGCUGUCUCGCCUUGGCACGCCAGAGGCCAAUGGGCAAGAAGAAAAUGACCUGCCACCUGGAACUCCAGAUGCUUUUGCCCAACUGCUGACCUGCCCCUACUGCGACCGGGGCUACAAGCGCUUGACAUCACUGAAGGAGCACAUCAAGUACCGCCAUGAGAAGAAUGAAGAGAACUUUUCCUGCCCUCUCUGUAGCUACACGUUUGCCUACCGCACCCAGCUCGAGCGGCAUAUGGUGACGCACAAGCCAGGGACAGAUCAGCACCAAAUGCUAACCCAAGGAGCAGGUAAUCGCAAGUUCAAAUGCACAGAGUGUGGCAAGGCCUUCAAAUAUAAACACCAUCUGAAAGAACACCUGCGAAUUCACAGUGGUGAAAAACCUUAUGAGUGCCCCAACUGCAAGAAACGUUUCUCCCAUUCUGGUUCCUACAGUUCGCACAUCAGCAGCAAGAAAUGUAUUGGUUUAAUCUCUGUAAAUGGCCGAAUGAGAAACAAUAUCAAGACGGGUUCUUCCCCUAAUUCUGUUUCUUCUUCUCCUACUAAUUCAGCCAUUACCCAGUUAAGAAACAAGUUGGAGAAUGGAAAACCACUUAGUAUGUCUGAACAGACAGGUUUACUUAAAAUUAAAACAGAACCACUAGACUUCAAUGACUAUAAAGUUCUUAUGGCCACACACGGGUUUAGUGGCACUAGUCCCUUUAUGAAUGGUGGGCUUGGAGCCACCAGCCCUUUAGGAGUUCAUCCAUCUGCUCAAAGUCCAAUGCAGCACUUAGGUGUAGGGAUGGAAGCCCCUUUACUUGGAUUUCCCACCAUGAAUAGUAAUUUAAGUGAGGUACAAAAGGUUCUACAGAUUGUGGACAAUACUGUUUCCAGGCAAAAAAUGGACUGCAAGGCUGAAGAAAUUUCAAAGUUGAAAGGUUAUCACAUGAAGGAUCCAUGCUCUCAACCUGAGGAACAAGGAGUAACUUCUCCUAAUAUUCCACCUGUCGGUCUUCCGGUAGUGAGUCAUAAUGGUGCCACUAAAAGUAUUAUUGACUAUACGUUAGAAAAAGUCAAUGAAGCCAAAGCUUGCCUCCAGAGCUUGACUACUGACUCAAGGAGACAGAUCAGUAAUAUAAAGAAAGAGAAGCUACGUACUUUAAUAGAUUUGGUCACCGAUGACAAAAUGAUUGAGAACCACAACAUAUCCACUCCAUUUUCAUGCCAAUUCUGUAAAGAAAGUUUUCCUGGCCCCAUCCCUUUGCAUCAGCAUGAACGCUACCUUUGUAAGAUGAAUGAAGAGAUCAAGGCGGUCCUGCAGCCUCAUGAAAACAUAGUCCCCAACAAAGCCGGAGUUUUUGUUGAUAAUAAAGCCCUCCUCUUGUCAUCUGUACUUUCUGAGAAAGGAAUGACAAGCCCCAUCAACCCAUACAAGGACCACAUGUCUGUACUCAAAGCGUACUAUGCUAUGAACAUGGAGCCCAACUCCGAUGAACUGCUGAAAAUUUCCAUUGCUGUGGGCCUUCCUCAGGAAUUUGUGAAGGAAUGGUUUGAGCAACGAAAAGUCUACCAGUACUCAAAUUCCAGGUCUCCAUCCCUGGAAAGAAGCUCCAAGCCAUUAGCUCCCAACAGUAACCCUCCCACAAAAGACUCUUUAUUACCCAGGUCUCCCGUAAAACCCAUGGACUCCAUAACAUCACCAUCUAUAGCAGAACUCCACAACAGUGUUACGAAUUGUGAUCCUCCUCUCAGGCUAACAAAACCU